GCUCGUUACACUUCGCUUCGGUCAGUUCACUGGGUUGGGUUCGUCUAUUUACCUACUGUGUGCAUUCAAGAGGAACGUCGUCAUGAAUUGGCAGUCGGCGAAAGUUUUAAGUCUGAUAGAAUUAUAUAAAACUUCGCGAGUUUUGUGGGAUUCAAAAAAUGCCGACUAUUAUAAGAAAAAUGUGAAAGACGAAGCUUGGACAUUGAUCAGUAGUGUCAUUGACGAACCGGUGGAAACUUGCAAGAGUAAAAUUAUGAGUUUGUUGGCUUCGUAUAGACGAGAAAAAGGCAAAGUGAGACAGACAAGUACCAGUGCAGACGGUGGUUAUAAAAGCCGAUGGUUUGCUUAUGAAGCCCUCAAAUUUUUGGAGGAACGUGAAACUUCUAAAAAAAAAGACGGCAGCGACAAUGCGAAUCCCGAAGACGAAGGCAGUAAUUCUCAAAUACCUGACGACCUAUUGACUGAUUCCGAUUUACUUUUGGUCAAAUCUGAGCCGUGGUUCGAAACGGAAGACGAAGAAGUUGUCAUAAGCGAGUCGUCCGAAAACAGACCGGUGGAGAGUAGUACUAGGAGUAGAAAACGGACGAAACGCGACGAUCAAUCGCUUGAAGAUGAAUGUUAUCAUUUCGGUCAGUUUUUAGCUUCCAAGCUGCGCAGUUACGAUACGUCUACACGAUGCGCUAUACAAACAGAUAUUAUGAAUAUUUUACAAAGGGUUGAUUCAGGAAAUAAUAUGUGAGACAAAAAUCAAUUGUUUUUUUAUUGUAUUUAGGCUAGAUAUAGGUAGUUUUGAAUUGUUUCUAAUAAACCAUUUCGAAAUUUUA